AUGGGUCUUGGAGCUAUUAAUAUUAUAUGUAUCUCCUUUUUUACCCUUGAAGUAGAUAGACAAAUAAAUACAAAUACAAAUAUAAAUAUAAAAAUGUCAACAGCAACAACAUUCAUUGAUAUCCCAACAAAUCAUAUUCAAACUAGAAGACCACAAUCAAGUUUUAAACAUUGUAUUACAAAGGGAGGAGAAUUCCCACCUGAACAAGGUAGAUACUUGCUUAUCAUCAGUUUAGCAUGUCCAUGGGCACACCGAACUUAUAUUGUUAGGAAGUUAAAGGGAUUAGAAAGCACCAUCGAUUUGGAGAUUGUAGACUAUUUCCUCGGUAAUGGAGGAUGGCAUUUCUCUGAUCGUCAUGGUAGUACACCUGAUGUCAAUGGUUUCAAGUUCCUCAAGGAAUACUAUAUCAAGUCUGAUCCAGAGUUCUCUGGUCGUAUCACCGUUCCAGUAUUGUGGGACAAAAAGACAAACCAAAUCGUCAACAACGAGUCAAGUGAAAUCAUUAGAAUGUUUAACAAGGAAUUUGACGAGUUCUCCUCGCGUCCAGGUCUCACCUUUUACCCAGACCAACAUGCUCAAGCCAUCGAUGAAGUCAACAGUUGGAUCUAUGAUAACAUUAACAAUGGAGUUUAUAAAUGUGGUUUUGCUUCCGGUCAAGAAGGUUAUGAUAAGGCUUUUGAAAACCUAUUUAUUCAUUUGGACAAGGUAGAGGAAAUAUUGAGCAAACAAGCAUUCUUGGUUGGUAGUACCUUUACAGAGGCCGAUAUUAGAUUAUUUACCACUUUGAUUCGUUUCGAUCCAGUCUACUAUGUUCACUUUAAGACCAACAAGAGAAUGAUCAAAGACUACCCACACAUCUCCAAGUAUCUUAGACGUAUCUACCAACACUCUGACAUCAAGUCAACUGUCGACAUGUUCCACAUCAAGCAUCACUACUAUGAGAGUCAUAGACAAAUCAAUCCACUCGGUAUCGUCCCAGUAGGUCCAGAAUUGGAUUACUUGGAAUCCCCAAUUGAAGAGAAAUUAAUCUUUUAA